AUGCGUCGUGCAGCUUCCUCUUUCGUGUACCAUGUCCAACAACGCGGUAUCUCCAACUCCUCUUGUUGUCAAUGGGACCACGUGCGUCCUCACAUUCAUGCAAAGAAUCAACGAAACAUGCUGCUGCAUCUUCCGCAGACUGUAUCAAUCAUUGGCGCUCCCAUGACAUACGGACAGCCUUUGCUCGGUACGGACGAUGGUCCUGAUCUACUACGGGAGGCGGGACUACACAAGACGCUGGUGGAUUUGGGCUGGUCCGUAGAAGAAAAUGGCAAUCUUAACUUUGCUGUCCCGUCUCCUAAUGAUCCAGUAAUGGACCCGAGCUAUGGCAAAGCUAAACAGUGUUUUCCCGUUGGCAAUGGAUUGAAGCAAUUGUACGAAAUCUUCAAGCAAAAGACAGGAGAAGGCAAGUUCUGCUUGGUAUUAGGAGGUGACCAUACAAUUGGAGCAGGAUCACUUGCAGGUUUGCUAUCGGUGCACCCGGAUGCAGGUGUGAUCUGGGUAGAUGCUCAUGCUGAUAUCAACACGCCUAUGGGCUCGGACUCUGGCAAUAUGCACGGCAUGCCAAUUUCAUUCCUUAUGGAAGGGAUGAUGGACAGCUCCAAGAUUCCAGGAUUCGAGUGGCUUGUUCAUGGCCCGACGAUGAAACCAGAACAAUUGGUGUAUAUUGGUCUACGUGAUGUGGACAAGUUUGAACGUCAGGUAAUUCAUGAAAAGGGAAUCAAGGCGUUUACGAUGCAGGACGUGGAUCGAUAUGGUAUUGGCAAGACCAUGGAAAUGGCACUUGACCAUCUUGGUGGUAAAAAGCAGCGUCCACUUCAUGUGAGUUACGAUAUCGACGCGGUGGACCCGUUGGUGGCACCUUCGACGGGCACACGCGUGCGUGGUGGACUCACGUGGCGCGAAGCGCAUUAUGUUGCGGAAGCUGUGGGGGAGACCAACUUGUUGGUCGGACUGGACAUGGUCGAGGUGAACCCGAAACUGGCGCCGGGUGAUGGUGCCCAAAUCACGGUGGACAUGGCACUGAUGCUCAUCUCGUCGGCGAUGGGCAACCGCAUUUUGUAG